UUCUGCUUUACCUAUCAAGAUUCUGACUGUCCAUUUCUCCUAGGCCAGGGGCGGUCCCUAAUGUUGGGAAAAAGAAUUUCUGCUUCACCUGUCAAGUUUGUGCGCAUCCCCCAUUGUCCAUCUCUCCCAGACCGGAAGCUCCCCCUUCUGUUCAGAUAUUUCCACGGAGCCUCCUCCUGCUGACCCUUGGGAAUUCAGAGGCUGGAGACAAUGGUGACAUGCCAUCUGACACAUUGUCCCCAGGACAUAAUUACCUUCCCUGAUGUGGCUGUGAGAUUCUCCCAGGAGGAGUGGACAUGCCUGGAUGCCAGACAGAGAAAGCUCUACAGGGACGUGAUGCUGGAAACCUACCAGCACCUGCGGGCCGUCGGGAGUUCCAGCGUGAAGCCUGCGAUGAUUUCCUGGCUGGAAGGAGGAACCCUGAGGCCGGAGAGGAGAGGCAUGUCUGCUGAACUCAAGCCACAGUUUCAGGAUUUGGCAUUGCAGCAGUUUGAUUUGGGAAAGAGGUCUCCGAAUAGGAGUGAGCUGGGAAGCAUCCAGCCCCAGUGGAAUGCCUCUGAUCCUGCUCACUGUGAAAAAUUCUUGAGAAGAGAGUGA